GGAUUAUUUUUCUCGAAACCGAUUCUCGCUACUAUAUAAAUAAAAAAUAAACUUGAUCCAUUUUUCCUUCUCAAAUUUCUAUCGCAUUCAUUCACCGCAAUAUUUUCCCACUCGUUCUUUCUCUUUUUCCAUUUUCCUCUUCUCAAGACUCAGUGCUUAGUGGUUGAUUACAUCAUAAGGACUUUGCUUAUUACAAGUUACCAAGGGCAAGUUUCAUGUCUGAGUUUGACACAAACAUCCCAACAACUUUUGACCCCUUUGCUGAGGCAAAUGCUGAGGACUCAGGUGCCGGGACAAAAGAAUAUGUUCAUGUCCGUGUACAGCAGCGUAACGGAAGGAAAAGCUUAACAACUGUUCAAGGGUUAAAGAAAGAGUACAGCUAUAGCAAGAUACUCAAGGAUCUGAAGAAAGAAUUCUGCUGUAAUGGUACUGUUGUCGAGGACCCUGAGUUGGGCCAGGUCAUACAACUUCAGGGAGAUCAAAGGAAGAAUGUUUCUACUUUCCUUGUGCAGGCGAGAAUCGUAAAAAAGGAGAAUAUCAAGAUUCAUGGUUUCUAAGACUAAUCAAAAGUGUGCAAAAUUUAGCUACAUGUUAAAUAUUUACCAUGCAGACUACAGUCAGUAUCAUCUGAAUUCAAGAAAUCAGUCAUAGCAACAUAUUGUGGUUAAAAGUUUCAUACAAUCUUAUCUACUACUCUCUUUACAUA